GCGGGACUUCCGCUCUUUUCCGGACGGUGCUUUCGAAUCAAAAUGGCGCGACGACUGCCUAGCGCGAGGGUGUCCGGCUCUAACGGUCGGUGUGUGGGAGCAUUACGGUGUUUGUCGCUAGUUUCUGUAGUUUAUGGAGCUUCUGUAGCAUUUUUAUUGUCGUAUCAAGUUGGAUUUAAAGAAAACCACGAAGAAGGAGCCGUUAAACAGCCCGAGGAGCGGACAUCAGGACCAACGGCUGCAGUAUGAAGCCGAACAGGAAGUGGCUUUUGCUGUUGCUACUAUCUUGGCUCCUCCUCUUCCUGUCGCUGUUCUGUCACAUCCUGGACCCCAGAUCUGCCGCCGAGGCCGGACUCGCCAGAACCAAAACCCUCCGCAUGCUGUCUGCUCUGAACCGCAGGAUGCUGAGACCCAGUGGCGUCCCGGAGACGGACCAGAGAGAGAGGACCUACUACAGGUCCAGGUCUGAGGAGAUCCUGCAGGGCCUGUGGAGCGGGAACCUGAGCGCUGCGAUGCUGAGUCCUCGUCUCCAGAAGGUGCUGAAGCUGCAGCUGCGCUCCCUGCGGCACCGCGUGGCGCCCAGGCGGCCAAUCGGGCGCCGGCGCUCGGCCCCCCAGCUGUACUGCGACCUGAAGCGGACCGCCAGGGUCCAGACCGUGGACGGCACCGAGGAACCCUUCCUCAGUCUGGGCUGGGCCGCCCUCAUGCCUUCACAGGGUCUCCAGGCGUCUGAGUUCCAGCGCUGCGCUGUGGUGAUGUCAUCCGCCGCCGUCCUCAACUCGGGGCUGGGAGCCGAGAUCGAUUCCCAUGAUGCAGUUCUUCGCUUCAACGCGGCUCCGACCCUCGGCUUCGAGAGAGACGUGGGCAGCAAGACCACGAUCCGCAUCAUCAACUCCCAGAUCGUGGCUCGGCCCGAACACGCGUUCAACAGCAGCUCGUUGUAUCGUAACGUUACUCUGCUCGUCUGGGACCCGGCUCGGUACUCCGCCAACCUCACCGAGUGGUUCAGGCAGCCGGACUUUGAUCUGUUUUCGGGAUACGUGGAGCAGCGGCUUCGUUGCCCCGAGCAACCGUUCUACAUCCUGCACCCACAAUUCCUCUGGGCUCUGUGGGACCGUAUCCAGGACAACACGGAGGAGAGGAUCCAGCCCAACCCACCGUCCUCUGGCUUCACAGGUAUCGUGUUGAUGAUGUCACUGUGCCGCGAGGUCAGCGUGUACGAGUUCCUGCCGUCCGUGCGUCGGACCGACCGCUGUCACUACUACGAGUACUACCAGGACGCGGCGUGCACGCUGGGCGCGUACCACCCGCUGCUGUACGAGAAGCUGCUGAUCCAGAGGAUCAACGUGGGGGGGCGAGAUCAGCUGACCGCCAAGGGGAAGGUCACGCUCAGCGGCUUCAGGACGCUCAGCUGUCCCGACACCUCAGAGUUUAAAGGGUAAUUUACAGAUUCUCUUCAACCUGGAGGUCAUGUUUUGUCAUGUUUUUGGGUCAGUUAGAGUCCUCUAAAAGUUGUGUUGUUGCCGCUGACAGACUCAGGUUAUUAUUC